AUGGCCAACAACCAGCGCAACCGCGUGGCAAACGCAAUCGACAGCCUAAUCACACAUCUCGUUCCCGCCAAUGUCCACGACGACGAGCAGACCGCGCAGGAGAGACACGAUGCAUCUUUUGAGAUCGUCCGGGAUAUUCUAGACAGCCCGAGCUCUCCUGGUAUCUCCUCCGAUGUAAACCACGCCUCCGACCUGAUAAAGCGCAAGCUCAUUCAGAGCAACCCUAGCCAGGCCCUGCGCUUCUCAAACCUCUACACGCGACUGUUGUCGCUCCCAGUGCUCAACCAGAAAUGGGCGAUCCUCUACCUACUCUAUCAACUCUCCGACUCGCCAGAUCCAAACGAACCCCCACCACUAAGCCCACCAAAACCAGUUAUUGAGCAGCGGGCUGCUCCGCCCCGACCAGUCGAGAAAGAAAGGCGUUCAAGAGCGUCAACCGUUAUUCAAACGCCCGAGGAGGAAGCGGUCAGCGAUGCGUUUGCUCCCGGGGGGCUGAAGAAGCUUCCCACAGAGAAGCCAAAGCGAUCCGUGGCCGACGACCGAAGUCAAACGGCGUCUGCUCCCGUGGACGGGUCACCAAAAAAGGCAGCAAGAGACGUCUCAAUAAAGUCUACGCUUCUAGCGGACAACUCGAACGACUUCGAACCUACUGAGACGGGGCUAUUGAGGGAUCUACCUUAUACUCUCCAGGGACUCUCAUCUACUACCCUUCCUUUUGCCAAGGAGACAACGCUCAAGCUACCGCCUACCCUACCGAUUCCAAUCUUAUCUCUUCUUCACACACUAGCCGAACCGUCAUUACUGUACCGGGGACUCGCAACCUUUGUCAAGUCACCGGUCAAGGGCCUGCUUGGACAGAGCCUACGGGCAGCUAUCAAUAAUGAGCUCCGGUCCUAUCUCACUCUCGUUGCCACCCUUGAAGCCCAAAUACGAAGGGCACUCUCCGCCAUCGACGAGUCCGCUCCACGCGGCGGUAUAGGAAAGGCUGGCGUUACCCUGAAACGAUGCGUAGUAUGGACACGAGAAGCCACGAUGGGCCUGCGGCUCAUGUCCUUGAUUGCCGAGGAGAGCAAAGCGAAACACGGCGGGCAAAUUAUCAGCAUGAUCCACGGUUUCUCUACCUCACACGGCGACCCUGUUGUAGCGGCCUUUGCGGAGCGACUGCUGGUGGACGUGACACGGCCAUUCUACGAUAUCCUGCGACGCUGGAUCUACGACGGAGAGCUUUCCGACCCGCACUUGGAGUUUUUUGUGAGGGAGCAGCGGGCGGACGACGAAGACCGUAUGGAGUCCAAGGCCAAGGGCCAAGCUAGUGUCUGGAACUCCAAGUACGAAGUCGUCGACGGCAUGGUCCCCAGCGUCAUCACGGCCGACUUUGCGCAAAAGGUGUUUUUGAUUGGGAAAUCACUCAAUUUCAUCCGCCACAGCUGCGGUGACAGCCAGUGGGUGGACGCUUACAGCAAGACAUCCUCCAAGCAGCUGAGCUAUGGCGAUACGGCAACCCUCGAGAAAUGGAUCGACGAGGCGUACAAGACGACCAUGCGCCGCCUCAUGCACCUGAUGAGCAACCGCUUCCACCUCUUCGACCACUUACAGGCGCUCAAGAACUACAUUCUGCUAGGCCAAGGCGACUUCAUCGCCCUCUUGAUGGAGUCUCUCGCGGCGAACCUCGACCGCCCGGCCUUUGCGCAGUACCGACACACCCUCACGGCUCAGCUGGAGCACGCCAUCCGCGGCUCCAACGCACAGUAUGAUAGCGAGGAGGUUCUCCGCCGGCUGGACGCUCGGAUGCUACAGCUCAGCCACGGCGACAUUGGCUGGGACUGCUUCACGCUCGAGUACAAGAUCGACGCACCCGUGGACGUGGUCGUGACGGAAUGGGGCAACCGCCAGUACCUGAAGGUGUUCAACUUCCUCUGGCGCAUCAAGCGUGUCGAGUUUGCGCUGGCGUCCACCUGGCGCAAGUGCAUGACCGGCGCGCGCGGCGUGCUCCAGACCGACAACGAGGACGUGAUCCUGACCUGGAAGAGCACCCGCGGCGUGUUGGCCGAGAUGGUACACUUUGUCGGUCAGCUGCAGUAUUACAUUCUUUUCGAGGUCAUUGAGUCCAGCUGGACCGAACUGCAGGCCAACAUCCACAAGGAAGACUGCACCCUCGACGACCUCAUCACCGCCCACACCAAAUACCUCACCUCCAUCACCCACAAGGGUCUCCUCGGUGCUCGCCGCCGACAAUACCACGACUCCCUCAAAGAAGCCGCAGCAGCAGCAGCCGCCGCAACCAACCAACCAACCACCACCACCAACCCAUCAGACCCCAACUCUACCACCACAGGCGAUCCCACCAACCCCACGACCAACCCGCCCCCCUCCACCUUCGGCAUCGCCGCCUCCGAAGACCGCAACUCCUACAUGGUCCAACUCAGCGAACUCCUCCGCAUCAUGCUCGCCUACCGCGACUCCGUCGACGGCCUCUACAGCUGGUCCCUGUCCGACUUCACCCGCCGCCAAGAAGCCGACGCCGUCAGUCUCAUGAUGCACCGCAGCAAGAAACCUCGUAUCGCAGGCGGCCGCAACCCAACAAGCAGUAGCAUGGACCUCGACGACCCCUUCAUCAACACCACUACUUCCUCCGGAAGCGGCGGACCCGCCGCGGAUGAUUCAGGCCAUGACGGGACGACGCCCAAGUCAGAGUUACCCGCGCUGCAGGUGCGGUUGAGACAGCUCGGGGCCGGGUUUAAGGCGCAUUUGCAGGGGCUGUUGGGGGAUUUGGCGUACCAGCCGGAUGUGGAUAUGCGGUUUUUGGGGGUGUCGAUGAAUUUUAAUGAUGUGUAUCAGCCGGUUAAGCGGAAGAGGGGGCAGGCUUAG